GUCCUCAUUUUGGGUAUUAUCUUUCUGGUCAAAAGUGCUCCAUGAAAACACAUGACCCUUUUCUUUAACCUGAAGGAAUUUUUCACAUUCACACUCCUUGAUUUUAUCCCCAAUAGGCUCAAUUAUCAAUUUAACCUUUUCCAUAAAUUGUUGAAAUUUGCCCGGAGUGAGACAUGAUUUUAUGAUGUCUGUGACUUUUCCUAAUUCAGCAAGUGUCUCCAUGUGUUCCUUUUCUGUUUUACGAAGCACUAGAUCCAUCAGAUGUUCAGCUUGCUUGUUGUCUUGGGCUUGUUGACAUUCAUGGAUAAAGUCCACAUCUUUACUAUAUUGCUCCAAGUAACAGUGAAAACUCAGUGGGGAAUGUCCGCAAUCUUUAUACAAUUUUAAAUAAGUUUGACUCCAGAAAAGUUUCACCUCCUUUUCAGCCAAAUAUGCAUCAACAGCCGGCCUGGCCGACAUGCUGUCACUUCUCUCAGGUUCCAUGUUGUAAGUAUAGGAUAAGUCUUCUAUUUCCGGCAUUUGUUCUAAUGGUUAACUAUACUCGAGCUGGAGGUGUUAACCAAGAAUUUAUGGGAGGAGUAAGGAGGAAUUCACAUCAAACACCCACAGCACGAAAUGAAAUGUGUCACACAAAGCAGUAGUGCCAAGAUGAUGACAGAAGCAUCCAAUUAAAGAUAGGAAAAUGAGAGGCAAACACACAAAACAGAUUAAGGAAUCGUAUCACCAUGAGCUUUUACCCAACCUUCAUCCUUUAUAUAUGUGCCUUCUGCGGUGUGAGAACUGUGGCACCGCACAAAGAUGAAACUCAAAUGCUGACAGUGAUGUCCCAGAAGGUGGAUGACAUAUGGAACACAGUGGUCCUUACAAUUCCCAUGAAGAAUAAUCCAGAUAACAAUACAUAUGGGAUAUGUAAUCUGCAACCAAAUCCAAAACUGAAUGAGAGUGAAGCCAAAAUCACCGGACUGGUUUUGCUCAAGCAGUCUUACCCCGAUGGACAGCUCGAAGCGCGCUUCAUCAUAAAAGGAUUUCCCUUGAAUGACAGUGAAUGUACCAGAGCUAUUCAUAUCCAUAACUUUGGAGAUCUGAGCGAUGGUUGUGAUUCUACUGGUGGACAUUACAACCCUUUUAAGGUAAAUCAUCCUCAGCACCCAGGAGACUUUGGGAAUUUUAAAGUGCAAGAUGGAAAGAUCCAGAAAAAUCUAUCAAACCUUGAAGCUACACUUUUUGGGCCCUACUCUGUUUUUGGUAAAUCUAUUAAUGUCCACAAGUUGACUGAUGACCUAGGCAAAGGCGGUAACCAGGCUAGUCUGGAAAACGGGAAUGCCGGCACACGUCUUGCUUGUUGUGUGAUCGGGUCCAGCAGCAAGACUAGCUGGGAUAAGUUCACUGCUUUGUCUGAAGACUGAUAAAAUUCAAAACAAAAUGUAUUAAACAUUGCAAUCUUCCAAGAUUUUAACUAUGAGGGCAAUCACACUGUGUAAUAUUUUGCAUUGAUUUUAGAAUUUGUGAGUAACUAUCUCUAAUAUUAGGCUUGUGUGCUAAUAAUACAAUUUAGAUAAGGUCUGAAGCACUGAUUUUUUUGUACUUCCUCUUUAAUAAAAGAUGGUAUG